GUCGCCACCACCAGCAGCCUACAAAAGGUCAUCGGCAGCGGCCACAGCAGCAGCAGCAGCAACAUCAACAUCAUCAUGGGGAAGAUCAUCUUCUACGAGGAGCGCAACUUUCAGGGGCGCCGCUACGAGUGCAGCCAGGAGACCACCAACACGAGCCCCUUCCUGAGCCGCUGCAACUCGAUCCGCGUGGAGUCUGGCGCCUGGGUGGUGUUCGAGCGAGCCGACUUCAAGGGCUACAUGUACAUCCUCGAGCCCGGGGAGUACGCCGACUACCAGCGCUGGGCCGGAUUCAACGAGCGACUGGGCUCCUGCAGGACGGUCCGCGAGGCGGACCGCCCCCAGCAGCAGCGCCUGGCCCUCUACGAGAGCGAGGACUUCGGCGGCCAGCUGAUGGAGCUCGCCGACGACUGCCCGUGCCUGCUCGAGCGCUUCCGCCGGCGCGAGGUGCGCUCCGUGCGCGUCCUCGACGGCGCGUGGGUGGCCCACGAGGAGCCCCACUACAAGGGGCGCCAGUACCUGCUGGAGAAGGGCGACUACCGCAAGUGCAGCGAGUGGGGGGCCUCGAGCCCCACCGUGCAGUCCGUGCGCUGUAUCAAGAAGCACUGACGGACGUGGACGACGACGGGGCGACUUUGAGCGCGCGCGUGCACGUGUGCGUGUGUGCGCACGCGCCUCGACGCACGCGCAUGUGUGUGUGUGCGCACGCGCC